UUGCUGCAGCCUAGGACUUUACCACCAUGCUGUUAUUGCUGCGCUUUUCAUUGUAUUAUAGUGUUAUGCCUGGCAACCCUGAUACUACAGUAGAAGAUACAGAGGCUCUGUGCUAUAAAAAUGUAUUUGAGUUUAUAGCUGGUGCACAUUAUAUACCAGUGCACAUCUCUGCCAGGCAUGGAGAAGGAGGUAUUCUGUAAGCAUGGUCUUUGGGAGUUUCCUUGUCAGCAUUAUUUGGGAUCAAAGCAUUUGCAACAUAUUAAUCUGGAAUUCACAGGACCCCAGCUGGCCACCACGAGACAAAUCACAGAUGCAGAUAAACUGCAAAAGGUCAUCUGCGAACUUCUCGAAACAGAGCGCACCUAUGUCAAAGAUCUAAACUGUCUAAUGGAGGGAUAUCUGAAGCCUCUACAAAAAGAAACGUUCCUCACACCAGAUGAGCUGGAUGUUCUCUUCGGGAAUCUGACUGAAAUGGUAGCAUUUCAGGUAGAGUUCCUGAAAACUCUUGAAGAUGGAGUAAGGCUGGUUCCAGACCUGGAAAAGCUUGAAAAAGUUGAGCAGCUUAAGAAAGUGCUGUUUUCCUUGGGCGGAUCCUUCCUUUACUACGCCGACCGUUUCAAGCUGUACAGUGCCUUCUGUGCCAGCCACAUGAAAGUCCCAAAAGUACUGGUGAAAGCCAAGACAGACACUGCUUUCAAGGCAUUUCUGGAUGCUCAGAAUCCCAGACGGCAGCACUCUUCCACGCUGGAGUCUUACCUCAUCAAACCCAUCCAGAGGAUACUGAAAUACCCUCUCCUGCUGAAGGAGCUCUUUGCUCUGACUGAUGUAGACAGUGAAGAAUAUUAUCACCUUGAUGUGGCCAUAAAAACAAUAUCCUGCUGUAUUAAUUUGUAG